CGCAUGCGUAGUGGGAAGCAGGCGGUGGCGCUGGAGCUAGCCGCGCAGUGCGCAUUCGCCGGCGGCCGCUCGGGCUGUCGGGGCGGUCUCGCGCGGGAUGGAGGACAGCGACUUCGUGUUGGCGCUCCAGCUGCAGGAGCUGUGGGAGGCCGAGGAUAAGGAGGCGGCAGCCGCAGCAGCAGCGUGCGCCGAGGCCUCGCCGGACCCCUCGCCCCUUCGCCCGCUGUCGGUGGUGGACGAGGCCUGGGAACUGCUGGACCCCAGCCCCGACGUGCACGGCCUCUUCGUGCAGUUCAACGAGACGCUGUUCUGGGGGCGCCUGGCGGCCGUCGAGGUGUCGUGGAGCCCGCGCAUGACCCUCUGUGCUGGAGUGUGUAAAUAUGAAGGAAAAGGUGGAAUGUGUUCCAUUCGUCUAAGUGAGCCGCUCCUAAAGUUAAGACCAAGGAAGGAUCUCGUUGAGACAUUGUUGCAUGAAAUGAUCCAUGCCCUGCUUUUUGUUACUAAUAAUGACAAAGAUCGUGAGUCUCAUGGACCAGAGUUCUGCAAACACAUGCGUCGCAUUAAUCGCUUGACUGGAGCUAAUGUCACAAUCUACCACAGUUUUCAUGAUGAGGUGGAUUUGUACCGCCAGCACUGGUGGCGAUGCAAUGGCCCCUGUCGAAAUAGAAAACCUUAUUUUGGAUACGUGAAACGUUCCAUGAAUAGAGCACCCUCUGCACGAGACUUUUGGUGGGUUGAGCACCAGGAGACAUGUGGAGGUACAUUCACAAAAGUGAAGGAGCCAGAGAACUUCUCCAAGAAAUCCAAGGAGAAAACUCAGCCAGCAAAACGUUCAAAUUCUGACUUGGCUAACAAAGGCAAGACACAAACAAGCGAUAUGCAAGAUCUGAUGCCUUUUAGUGGAAAAGGAUAUCGGCUUGGAGGAGGAGAGAGGGUACUCUCAGAAAAUAGCACAAAUUUCAGUAGCAGUGUUAGAAACAGUGAAACACCUGGUUCACGGCAUCGUUCAGCAGUGAAGACAAUACCAAUCCCUAAAAAUGAGAUAAAAUUUGAAAAGUCACCCCGUAGCGGCACCUUCUUUCCACUUUACACUGAUGAUGCCAGCGAGAAAAUCAACUUAGCUUCAAAGCGUGAGUUUCCUAAACUCUCUGUUGCUAAUACAAAAGCUUACAAGAAUGUUAGCGGAUCACCUGUUAAAAUUGCUCGUGUUAUGGAAGAAAAGCCAAACCAAGGUUCUGCAAGUGGCAAGAGGAUUAUACCGCUUUAUAACAAGCCACCAAAACAAAUUUGUUUAGAGCAGACAACAGCAGCUCAGGUGGCAUCUGAGAAAAAAAGCUCUGAGUGUACUAAUACAGCGCAGCAGUGGCCGAAAACGGAAGACAGAACUGCCUUUGAAAAUUAUUUCAUUAAAAAACGGAGUACUGAUGUCACUUUAAGUAUAAAUACACCUAUGAAAACCAAAGCUGAAAAUACAGUGUCCUCUGCAAGUUCCAGCAGUGAUGUAAGGCAGGAUAAAAAAGUCAGUUGUCCUGUUUGCCAGACUGAGGUUUUAGAGUCUAAAAUAAAUCAACACCUUGAUUCGUGUCUUGCAUAAAACCUUUCAGAAAGCUGUCUCAAAAAGGUAAACCAGGGCUGAAAACACUGCUUAAAAACUACUCAGGGUUUGCUUAGCUGUGGCGACUUCCAUGUGUGCCUGUUCUGAAUUGGAAUUUAAAGUACUGUCAGCAUGCUGAACAACAGCUUUGUGGGGUUGCAUGUCAGCGCUGACUAGGAAGCUAGCUGCUACUUGGGUUCCAAAGAAUCAAAACUCACGCUUUAGUAGGUGGAUGUUUGUGCCAGUGUUCUUGCUGAAGAACCUGGGUAAUAUAAGAGAAGGUGGAUACUUGGCAAACUGCAUCUUUUCAAGCAGUUUUAAAAAUUAAGUCAUUUUAAAUCCUACUAAUUUAUCUUUGUUCUUAAGACUCCUUUGUGUUGUUUUUUGUUUUUUUUUUUUUAAAGUGUUUUUGCCAUUCUUAAACACCUAUAAUAGAAAAUAAUUCUUCUGUUUAGUGCAAAUGAGUGCCAGGUAUUUUUAGAAUAGUAAAUAUUUUGCAUAAGCCAGAACUACAGUCUCAGGUGGUCCUUCUUGCCUGUGACCUCUCAGACAAGAUAGAUGAGAUAAGAAUCUCAAAUAGGGGCUUUUGUCAAAGAUGGAAGAGGCGUAGGCAUCAAAAACAUAGCAUGGCAUCCAUUUGGCUUUAAUGGGUGGGUUGUGGCAGGACAAGAGAAAAUCUAGAAAGGUGAUGAAGCUGCUAGGAAAUCAAGCACAAGACACUUGGUAGAUGAGGAGAAGGCCCUACACUGAAGGGCUCAAUUAAAAAAAAUCAUUUUGAGGAACUUGUUUUCAAAAAGGAUUUAGAAGUUAGAUAUGCUGUUAACAGUUGGAGUGGUCAAAUGGAAGCUAGUGAACAUGUCUCUUACAUGUCUUUUGGUCAAGGAUCCCAGCCAGACUCUCCACCCACUUCUGAUGGUUUGCUCAAAUUCUGUGUUGAAAGUUCACUAGUUUUUACUAUAUAGGUGUUAUGUGCAUGAGUAAUGGACCUCCCUAUGUUGAUACUAGUAAGUAAAACUUGUGAGGAAUAUUGAUGGCAAUACUGGUAAAGACUGUUCCUGGCUGUAUUAUAAAAGCCUUCAUGAUUUUUCAGUUAAUCUACCAGUGUUUUACAGGCCAAAAUGGCAUUAAAUUGACAUUAGCUGACAGUCUUUGUUUUUCUUCUUCUGGAAGCCAGCCAGCUUGGUGGUUAGUGUUCAACAAGCCAGUCAGUUGAGCACUAAAACCAUUGUGCUGUGAGAAGUUUUGGAUGCUGAGCAGAUGUGUUUUCUUUAUAAACUUUCUGAAAUGUUAACAGUUCUCUUGCUGCACUGAAAGUAUUUAACGGGUUAAACAGUUAACAGCUUGAUUCCUUACUGGUAAAAUUGAUUAUAAAUAUUUUUGUUUAUAAAAAGAAAAAAUACUUAUGCUGUUACAUAUAUUGUUACUACAACUUUAAAUGGCUAUAUUAGCCUCAGAUGCACAUAUGUUUGCCUUUAUAUAAUUACUUACUUGCUGCUCUCUUUUGAAAUUAGGAAAUAAAACUGAUGUGCAAUAGCAUUUGGCAAAUGAUACCUUUACUCUUUUUAAACAUUGAUGUAUUUUUUCAAAUAAUGGCACUACAACUGUUGGAUUGUUCUUGCUUAUUCUGAAUAAAUUGGUACUGAGUUUUAAA